UUAUGGCAAGAGCUCUGUACGAUAAUGUCCCCGAAUGUGCAGAAGAGUUGGCCUUCCGCAAAGGAGACAUUCUGACAGUGAUUGAACAGAACACUGAAGGUCUUGAAGGAUGGUGGCUCUGCUCCUUACAUGGCCGGCAAGGCAUCGUUCCAGGCAACCGUGUGAAACUGCUUAUAGGUCCAGUGGUACAGGACAGUCCUUCUGGCCAGGAUAUGUCCAAUUCAGGAUUGAUGCAUCAGUCCUUCAACCAGCAAAAGAUCUACCAAGUGCCAAGUUCACAUGCCUCAGCACGGGACCCUGUCUACCAAGUGCCACCUUCACAUCUGAAUCAGGGAAUUUACCAAAUACCCACUGGUCAUGGUCUAGUAGGACAAGAUAUUUACCAGGUGCCACCCUCCAUGCAGAGAUGUAUUGAUGGUCCAGCUUUGACUAAUAAGGUAAUAACUCCAGUCAGGUCAGGACAAGGUUAUGUUUAUGAAUUCCCCUCCAAAUACCAGAAGGACACCUACGAUAUCCCCCCUGUUCGUCCUCUCCAAGGGAUUUAUGACAUUCCCCCCACAUCGGUUAAGGGGCCUGCACUUCCAGUUCCCAUGGGAGAAGCAAAAGGUUUAGGAGUCUAUGACAUACCACCUGCCAAAGGGGUCUAUGCUACACCUCCAUCUGCAUGCAGGGAUGAUACAGGCCUGAGGGAAAAUUUGCAGGAUUUUCCACCUCCAGUGGGCCACAGUGUAAGACCAGAAGGAGUAUAUGAUAUUCCUCCUCCCAUCACCAAAGCAACUGGGAAAGAACUUAAUAAAUUUUCUCCUGAGAGCCUUUUAUUGCCAGAUGGAGUGCUGCAGAAACAGAAUGUUUAUGACAUCCCAGUAAACCAUCAAAACCAUUUUCUUGGACUGCAAAUUGCACCUCAAAAAGAUGUUUAUGAUACCCCAAGGGGAACUGCAUUCUCGGGACAGCAGACAGGACUUGGUGAAAGUCUCAUCCCAGAAGGAAGAGAAGGUGUAUAUGAUGUGCCACCAUCAGUCCUCCAAGACACUAAAGGCUUACAGGAUGUGACUGAUGGGAUGAAUAGGUUGUCCUUCUCCAGCACAGGAAGUACAAGGAGCAACAUGUCCACAUCUUCAACAACAUCAAAAGACUCUUCUUUCUCACCAUCACCUGUACAGGACAAAAGACUAAUCCUCGAUCCAGACACUGCUAUAGAGAGGCUGUAUCGCCUCCAGCAGAUGGUGGAGACAGCUGUCAAUAACCUCCUGGCCUUCAUUACCGCAGACUGGCGGUCUUAUGGAUACAUGGAGAAACACAUCAAUGAAAUUCACACAGCUGUGGAUAAGGUAGAGCAGUCACUGUUGGAGUACCUCCAGUUUGCGAAAGGAUCAGCAGCCAAUGCUUCCUGCCUAUCCGAGUUCAGCCUCCUUAACAAAAUGAGGCGGGAAGUGCAAAGGCUGGAGGACUCUCACCAGAUCCUUACCCAAACCAGUCACGACUUGAACAGCUACAACUGGUCUUUGAAUGUUCUGGCUGUCAACAGGCUGCAGAACAAGUGUGAUGACCUGGAUCGGUUUGUUAUGGUGGCAAGGACAGUCCCAGAUGAUGCCAAGCAACUGACCACUACCAUCAGCGUCAACGCAGAGGUGCUCUUCAAACAGGCACUGAGCAGCUCACGUUUCAAAAACACACCAGAGAAUAUCAUGAACACUCCUGACUACCUGUAUGACAAGCAGCGCCAUGGAGAAAAAGCACAGAACCACUGCAGUUCCCUUCCUCCUCUCCUGAAUAAAAGUCAGCACCCUCACAGUACUGCCAGUGAGACCUCGGAAAAGAGCUGGAUGGAUGACUAUGAUUACGUUCACUUACAGGGCAAAGAAGAGUUUGAAAGGCAACAGAGGGAACUGCUGGAAAAAGAAAAUAUCAUCAAGCAGAGCAAAAUGGAGCUAGAGCACCAUCAGAUCAAUCAGUUUCAACGCCUGGAGCAAGAGAUCACAAAGCCAGUAGAGAACGACAUCUCCAAAUGGAAGCCACCUCAAGCUCUCCAGACUGCAACCAGCACUGCCACCUCCCAUGACAGCCAGCUGCUCUUAUUCUACUCUGACCAAUGCGAGACCCACUUCAACAUCCUCCUCAACGCCAUCGACGCCUUUUUCAGUUGCGUCAACGCUUCUCAGCCCCCCCGGAUCUUCGUGGCUCACAGCAAAUUCGUCAUCCUGAGCGCUCACAAACUAGUGUUCAUUGGGGACAUGCUCACCAGGCAAGUGACGACUCAGGACAUAUGCAACAAGGUGAUGAACUCCAGCAACCAGCUGUGUGAACUGCUGAAGGGUGUUGUUCAGGCGACCAAGACGGCCGCCUUGCAGUACCCCAACACGGUAGCCCUGCAGAGGAUGGUGGACCGAGUGACGGAGCUGUCUCGGCAGGCACAGUUGUUCAAACUCUCACUGGUCCGAAUGGCCUCCUUAUGA